AAAGGUGAACUGUUUUCGGACACCGAGUUAGAGAACAUAGGGGGGAGUGCAGGCGACAUUAUCACGAGCUCUUCAAGAUCACCAACGACGAUUAAUGGCCGCCCGUCAAACACGAACCUCGCGGGGGAGCUAUUAAAGGAAUUAAAAACCAUUCCGCCACCAAACGUCGAAUUGAAUGAGGCUGAAUUUAUUGACCCGGAUAUUAUUUGUGAAAGGGACUACAACACGCCAUGUCCAAAUGAUUAUAACUAUAUCGGAUCUGUUCACCAAAUUGACGAAGAGAUAUGCGCACCAUCUUCCACCUAUGACGGCCCAUGUGUUGGGGAGCCGCUCAACAUAAAAGACAUGACAGAGAAGACAAAAGAAACGUGGUCUAAAAAAUGCCAAGCAUUUUGGCCCUGUAAAAAAUGUGUGAGGAAUUUUACGUCCUAUUGUCCAGCAAAAUGGGAGAAAGUUAAGGGCACUUUGCGAUCGUGCGAACCGUCUCUGCUAUAUCAUGGGCCCUGUAAAUUUCAAGUGAAUUUUUCUGGCCAUACUAUUCAAAUGUUGGAGGAUUGGAGCUUAAAAUGUCACGCUUGGUGGGCCUGCGAUCAUGUAAAUGUGCUGGAUGACUGCCCAGACGGCGAUAUGCCCAUUACAGCUGCCGCGACGAG